AUGGUCGAGCCAGAAUUCCCAGAAAAAAUCGCAUUCUUGAGAUAUACAAGGGCUGUCCUGGGGUUUUUCAAGCUUGGAAAUCGAUUGGUGAUGGUCCCAGAGUAUCUGGAGAUCAUUACUGGUGACAUAUGGUGGUCUCGAUGUCAGCCGCUUCCAAAUGCAUUUGAAUUGUACGGAGUCGACUUCCCGGUGUCUCAUGACUCAGCUGGACUCGAUCAAUCAGGCAACUUGCGAAUCAUUCAAGUUAAACUUCUGGAAAUCAAUUCAGAUCCCCCUAUCCAAUUAACGGCUCGAAGGCUACAUAGAAUUCUCGAAGACCUGUUUGUUGCGAUCGAGCAGAUUGCAGUACUCUUUAGACAGGAAGUUGGAUGCGUCCCAAGCAUGGAAGUGCCUGUGGUACCAAGGCACUUGCGGAUCUGUCUUGAUGCACAGAUUCGAGGAUCUGGAGCUAAUGGGUGUGGCAUGGAUCAUGCCGCUGAGCGCUCCUCCUUUAUGCUUAUGCUGGAGGUUGAAGGCAUCCUAUGGAUCUCACGCACUGCACGUCAUGCUACUGACCUUCUCCUGUGGUCCGACGUUCCUCAUGGACCGCAAGGCAUCGCGAAAGAGCAAAUGCACCCGUAUGGCGGUGAUAUUCGCAUUUCAUACCAUGUGAAGGAAGUCCAUAAAGACUAUAAUGCAUGGACAUAUGCUAUAAUGCACUAUCACAACUGCGAACCGCUGCUAUACAAGAUCAACUUCCCAGUACAUCAAUUGACUAUUUGGCGCGGUGCCAAACUGUGCACAACGAACGAUAUAGAAUCAGUACUUAUAACUCCGCUGCCAACAAUAGGCACUGACACCAUCCUUGCAAUCCACAAUCAAGUCCCAUUAGUCGUCACUCGAUCUGACAUAGUCAGAAUUCCAAGCACAGGUAGCGGGAUGAACGUGCCAAUAAGACCAACGUGUAUUCAAUGUGAUCCUGAACCUGCCUUUUCGUCUAUCCUUGAGGACAUGAUCAUUGCGGAGUAUGAGCCGUCCACGGAUGUGCUGGACAUCGACGAUGAAUGCGACCCUAUCAUGCGGGUAGUCAACAUACGUACUAGACGGCGCAUGCAAAUCCUAACAAACGGUCUUCAUCAAAUACUUGCGGAGGCGUUCGACAUGAUUGCCAACCCCGAUUACGCUAGCGAUGGGAACCUCACCAGUAACGAAGACAUUGGUGAAUCACACCACGAUUCCAUACAGAGCCAACGGCAGAAAAGACGAGCCUUGUUGAAUCAAGCUCUCGAUGAAGCACGGUGGACCUCAAGGACAGUCUGGCGGAUCAUAGGUCUAGCUCGUGCACUCAGGAUUGAAGCUCAGACAGUGACUAUGGAGUGCGGAGCAUUGGGUGACGAUGAGUCGCACAGAGAGAGGAAGACGUACGUCCGCCAACAGAUGAAGGCCAUCACAGAUAAGGCGAAUAAGAUCAUGGUCAAAAUCGCAGCCGUUCCGAAGAAGAGUCGUCCCGCGCUACAACCGAAGGAGGAGGAUCAAUUGUACAUCAUGAACGGCUCACUGAUAGACGAUGGUAGUUCACUAUACCCUUUCAUUACAGACAGCGUUACAAAUACAUCACAUUCCACAUUUCAUGCUCUUCCUGAUGGGCAACAUGAAUAUCUGUUUAAUCAAGCCAUCUACACGUUGUGA